AUGGAAGACGAGAACCGCAGAAACUCGGCCAUCACGGCACUCGCCGAUGAUCCGGUGAGGAUCGAGGAGUGUGCGCCACCGGAGCCCAAAGUGGACGACUCGGAGUCAGACGAGUCGACGUGUGAGUACGACCUGGUGGUGGCCGCGCAGCGCUACCAGCGGGGCGCCGCCGGCCGCGACGGCGCCGACGACAGCGAAGCUAGCGCCGACGCCACCCACUCGGACUCUGACGACUCGGACUGCUCCGACCCGGAGACAAACGUGCGCCAGAUGUACGUGCUCAACCCGAGCUCGUCGGUCGAGGAGCUGCUGGACGCGGCCGACAGCGGCACCGACUCUCCGCUGACGGUGGACGCGCGGCCCGUCUCGCGGCCCGGCUCGCCGCCCGGCCGGCCCGCACCGGUGCCGGGCCCCGGCUCCGAGCCUGGCGUGCACGACAAGCUGUCCGAGGCAGAUACUGGCAGCGAUACGGGCCGGUCGGCAGAGGCGGCGCCGGCUCAACACGCCACAUCGGACCAGCCGGCCGGCUCGGCCGAGGCCGACGCCUUACAGCCCAAAACUGCCGAGGCUACGACGGCUGAGGCGCCAGCGACCGGGUCCAGUGCCGAAGCAGAAGCUGACGCCAAAGCUAGAGACACCAUCGAAACUAAAGAUGUCGAAGCUGAGCCCGGUGUUCAGACUGAUGAUGACUCUCCGGCUGUCCAUGGGACCGAAGAUGAUGAAAAUUCGGCUGUCACACAGAGAGCAGUUGUGUUGGAUACCGGACAAAAAGAAACCUUGAUACCCGAUGACACGGGCCAGGGGACAGAGACGAAAUCAGCCGUGGGAGGACAACGCGAGCCGGGCUCAGUCGAGGAGGACCUGUCUGUCACAGAGACCGGUGUCCGCAGCCGGCGGCAGGUGAGCGGCCGGCCGCGGCCAGCGAACGGCCGACGGGGGAAGGGGCUCAACACGAACCGGGUAGUCCAGACAGUGCUACAGAACAGGUGCCAACCGAACAAGGGGUCGGGCAGGAAGGGGAACAGCCCCUCGCUGCUGAAACGGGUACAAAUGGGGGAGAUCGUUCAGGAACCGCUACUGAUCCUGAAGAACUCGACUCUGACGAACUGA